AUGGCGGCAGCAGCAAACUCCUUAUCGGAGAGGACCAAAGCUAUAUUUGGAGACGACUACACCGAGCCGACGACUGUCCAAACGUACGCCAUCACCACAUCGUACAAACGAAAAGUCGAAUAUGAGAGCGUCCGCGAGUUGCCGAAAAGCCUCGCUGAAGCGCAGGCAAAGGCUGCCGCGUCGCGAGGUCCAAAGAGACCCAAGGUCCAACCUGGUGGAAACCAAAUGGCUUUGGUGAAGAGCGAAGGAAAACCAGACUCGCCAUCGCAAACUGCGCAAGGCAAUGCCGGCACAGGAAACAGUCUGAUUCGAAGACCUAAUAUGAUACAACCUCGACCAGAUUGGCACGCGCCCUGGAAGCUGAUGCGAGUUAUAUCUGGACACCUAGGUUGGGUUCGUGCGUUGGCCGUCGAGCCGGGGAACCAGUGGUUCGCGUCCGGCGCUGGAGAUAGGACGAUCAAGAUUUGGGAUCUUGCGUCUGGGCAACUUCGACUUACUUUGACGGGGCAUAUCUCGACAGUCCGCGGACUGGCAGUGUCGCCUCGACACCCGUACCUGUUUUCAUGCGGUGAGGACAAGAUGGUCAAAUGUUGGGAUCUGGAAACCAAUAAAGUGAUUCGUCACUAUCAUGGUCACUUAUCAGGCGUGUACACGCUCUCGCUCCAUCCAACUCUCGACGUACUUGUCACGGGUGGUCGAGAUGGUGUAGCCCGUGUCUGGGACAUGCGGACCCGCUCCAACAUCCAUGUCCUGAGCGGCCACAAGGGUACCGUCACCGAUGUCAAGUGUCAGGAAGCAGAUCCUCAAGUCAUCUCCUCAAGCCUCGACAGUACCGUGCGGUUAUGGGACUUGGCUGCGGGAAAGACAAUGGGUGUGUUGACACAUCACAAAAAGGGUGUCCGGGCUCUUGCUAUUCAUCCAAAGGAAUUCACUUUCGCCUCGGCAUCGGCCGGGUCCAUCAAGCAGUGGAAAUGUCCAGAGGGAGCAUUUAUGCAGAAUUUUGAGGGCCACAAUGCCAUCAUCAACACUCUGUCUGUCAAUGAAGACAACGUUCUUUUCAGUGGUGGCGAUAAUGGCAGUAUAUGCUUCUGGGACUGGAAGACUGGCCACCGGUUCCAGACGACCGAGUCCCUUGCGCAGCCUGGAUCGCUGGAUGCCGAAGCUGGCAUCAUGAGCAGCACUUUUGAUCAGACCGGCUUACGUCUGAUCAUGGGUGAGGCUGACAAGACCAUCAAGAUCUGGAAGCCCGAUCCGGAUGCGACUCCGGAAACGCAUCCUCUAGACUGGAAGCCUACGUUGGGAAGAGUCAAGUAUUGA